CGUCUUUCUCUGGAUCGUGGUUUCCGAAGGAGGCGGAGGUCAGGGUGAGCGACGAAGAAGAGCUCUUGGAGAAGAAGCGAAAGAUGGUGCAGCGUCUCACCUACAGAAAGCGGCACAGCUAUGCCACAAAGUCUAACCAAACCAGGGUUGUCAAAACUCCGGGAGGAAAGCUUGUAUAUCAAUACACAAAGAAAAGGGCGAGUGGGCCAAAAUGCCCGGUUACUGGAAAGAGAAUUAUCGGGAUUCCUCGAUUGAGGCCAGCUGAAUAUAAGAGAUCUAGAUUACAACGGAAUCGAAGAACAGUUCACCGUGCUUAUGGCGGUGUCUUGUCUGGUGGAGCUGUUCGUGAAAGGAUUAUCCGUGCAUUCCUGGUAGAGGAGCAGAAGAUCGUAAAGAAGGUUCUGAAGAUUCAAAAGGCAAAAGAGAAGCAGGCUGCAAAGAGUUGAUCAGUUGAUAUGUCGAGGCCUUUCUAGUCUUAUUUUCUAUUGAAGGGAAUUUUGACUAUAUAAUCAUUAAUGUGAUCCGAGUGUUGUUUUAAAUAUGGCUGCAUUGAAUUUUUUUGGGAGUUUUAUAUUGUUUCUGUUGAACAUGUUGAAGACCUUGGUUUAUUUUCAAUGUUAUUCAGUCGAAUUUGUUGAAGUUAUGAUCACGAUUGUCAAUUUGUUGGAAUC